AUGUUUGCUCUACCUACAAAUUCCAAUUCGAUAUUUAUACCUACAAUUCAGACGGGAUGUUUGAAAGCAGAAUUCGAUUCAACUUAUCCCGUACAUCUGCAAGGCAUCAUCAAUCCAGAAGAAUUUCAACAAUCGAUUCAAAAAAUUAACCGAGCAAUCUCUUCGAGUGCGUGGAUGAUGAUCGUCGGACUGCUUUUCGCUGGUUGUAUCAUCGGUGGUAUGAUAUGUUUUAUUGUUGGUGGAAUACAAGGAACUAGAUCACGUGAAUUUGGAUUUCAUGCAUUGAUUGGCGUUGGUAUUGGUUUAACAUCGUUUGGUUCAAUUGUAUUCAGUGUUGGAUGUUGUGUCAUACAGACACAGCGCUCCGCACGAAUGCGACAAGCUAUUAGUCAAGAGUCAAUGAAGUAUUCAGCUAGGUCGCCAAUACCGUGCAGUUGGAGAUUGAACAUGACAAGAGGUUUGAUCGGUUCUGCGUACAUCCAUAGUCAUCAUAAUCAAGUGAUUUAUCAGAUUGUCAUCGAUGUUGGCCGAGCCAAUGCAUCUGAAUCCGGAACUGCGGUAUACUAUUCAAAUACAGUUUCCUCUACUGCACCAACUGUUUUUAUUGGUCAACCACCUUGUUACAUGCCAUCGCCGCCACCACCACCACCUUAUAGUGUCGAUACAAUAGAAACCUGUCUCAAGUGUGGACUCGUUCGUCAGGAUCUUACAGCUAAAUUUUGUUCAUCAUGCGGAGAAGCAUUUGAGAAAUUUUAA